AUGGCUAUCGAACCCACCCAGGAAGCCGGUCGUCCACCUGCGGCCUCAGAUGAUUCUGCCCCCACUAUGGGUACCAAUCUAGCAAACAAUGAUCUCGAGGUCGAUGACGAUGUUGACUCUGUAUUGGAUUCCUCGACUGGGACUUCAAGCUUCAUGACGUCGCUGAAGUCGAGCAUAUACAAUUACCGAUUCGAGAAUGGACGUCGCUAUCAUGCAUUCCGAGAAGGAUCCUAUCCCAUGCCCAACGAUGAAGAUGAGCAAGAGCGUAUGGACCUGGGACAUCAUAUAUACAGCCUAGUUCUCGAAGGAAAGCUUCACCUUGCUCCAAUCGGUCCCAAUCCCCAGCGGGUACUUGAUCUGGGAACUGGUACUGGUAUAUGGGCAAUUGACUUUGCAGACGAGAAUCCAUCAUCAGAGAUCAUCGGGAAUGACCUUAGCCCCAUCCAACCCGAAUGGAACCCACCAAACUGCACUUUCGAGGUCGACGACUUUGAGGAUAACUGGCUCUACCAAGUAGGCUUCGACUUUAUCCACGCACGGGAAUUGGAGGCAUGUAUUGCCGACCGAGACCGCCUUUUGCAGCAGGCAUUUAAGCAUCUAGUACCAAAGGGUUAUUUCGAAAUCCAGGUGGUUGAUGCAGAGUUCUUGUGCGAUGACGGAACCAUCGAGAAAGCACCAAACACCCAGCUCUAUAUGAAGAGUAUCUGCGAAGCAUGCGCCAAGUUUGGCAAACCCAUUGAUGGAGGAACCGAGUGGAAGGAAAAGAUGGAAGAAGCAGGUUUUAUAGAUGUCCAUCAGGAAAUUCGCAAGGUGCCGAUCGGACCAUGGCCCAAGGAUGCAAGACUUAAGGAAAUCGGCAAGUAUCAGGUUGUUCAACAGCUCAAGGCUAUUGAUUCAUAUACUCCAAAGCUCUUUGAGCAUGCACUUGGUUGGACAGCCCAGGAGAUCCAAGUCCUUAUAGCCAAGGUUAAGACGGAGCUUCAGGAUCCGUCUAUUCAUCUGUAUCUUCCUGUUGUUAUAGCUUGGGGGAGAAAGCCUUGA